AUGGUUCAACCCGAGAAACCAGAAACUGCAGUGCCGUUAACUCCUGCAGCUGCACUUCGCUUCACCAUCUCACCAGCAACUCGAAGCGACCUUCCCGACGUCAUAAACCUCUUUACUCUCUACGCUGAAUCAUUACACAUAGACCUUUCAUUCCAAUCAUUCACAGAGGAGCUCGCCGGAUUACCUGGAAAAUACGCCCAACCGACAGGAGAAAUCCUCGUGGCAAGACGAGCUCCCAAGUCUACGGAGUUGAAUAGAGAUAGAGAAGAAACACAUUCGUCUUCUCAGAGUGGAGAUGCAAUAAAGGAUAUCCCUGCUGAAGCACUCGGCUGCGUCGCUGUCAGACAUAUCAAUAUUGUCCCGCCUUUCGAUGCCGGUUUCGAUGCAAACACUAAAAAAUGUGAGAUGAAGAGGCUUUACACUUUACCUUCUACGCGAGGUCGGGGCGUGGGGAAGGAGCUUAUCAAUGAAGUUUUAAGGGUGGCGGUGGAGCUCGGGUACGAUGAAAUGUAUCUGGAUACGCUGGCGAGUAUGGGGGCUGCUUUGGCGGCGUAUGAAAAAGUCGGGUUUAUCAGAACGAAGGCGUAUUAUCAUAAUCCGAAUGAGGAUGUGGUGUUUUUGGUGAAGAAGUUGAGGGUCGAAGAGUAG